CGUACUUGCUUUAAUCCCUGCAUUUUCCGGUUCUUUCUGCUGCGUGUUCCUGAUUCAAGAACCAGUGAAGUAGAAAAGAGAGGGCUGGUAAAACAAUGGAGAUCAAGGAUUCCUGGCGAAUGAGUUGGGAUUUUGCCAUCUCUCACUCUGCUUCCACUCCACACUGAGGACGCUGAAACAGGCGGAGCGAGAUCCCAGGAACGGAAGCGGAGAGAGAUCAAGAUCACCGAAAGAGGACGGAAGAGAUUGCGCAAGACCUAGACCACGAGGAUGGCCAUAGAAGAAGAUGCAAAGAGGAAGAUGAGCAAGAAAGGGGAGGCCUUUGAGCAGGAGCAGAAGACAGGGGAGGAUGGUGGAGGCGGAGUGGGGAAGACAGUGGUGGUCGGCGUCAGGACGGAUUCCCAGAGCAGGGAACUGCUCACUUGGUCGCUUGUAAAGGCGGCUGCCACCGGAGACCGUGUUGUCGCUCUCCACGUCCUGUACUCCGCCAAGGAUCCUGGCGAUCAGCCCGCUGCUAUGUUCUCGCUCGCCAAGGAACUCGAUGCCAUGCUCGCUGUCUACGAGGGCUUCUGCAAUCUGAAGCAGAUCGACCUCAAGCUGAAAAUUUGUAAGGGCUCGUCGAUUCGGAAGGUUUUGGUGAGCGAAGCGAAGGCUUUUGCUGCGACGAUGCUCAUUCUUGGGGUCAACAAGAACAACCACGCCGGGGGAUCUUCUUCCAUCUCUGUAGCUAAGUUUUGUGCCAAAAAGCUGCAAAGCGAUUGCUCUGUGGUUGCACUGAGCGAAGGGAAGAUUGUUUUCCAGAGAGAAGCAACAGAGAACAUCAAGGCUCAGAAAAAACCGAGCAAACCAAGUAAGAUUAACCGUGAUGAGCACAACGAAUUAUUCUGUCUCCUCCCGAUGGUAGGGCCGAAGAAAUUGAUUGAAAUAGACUCCGACCCUCCAUGCGUUCCAAUUGAGUUGCAUGGUUCUAGACCUUCUGAUGAGAAAAGUUUAUCCAUGGCUGGUAUAUCACCUAAAAAUAGUUGUUCAAUCUGCUCACCUGAAAAUGAUACUGAUCCAUCAAAUGAGUUGAAGAACAGAGGACAAUUGGCCGUUGUUCCAUCAAGUAAAUCUGAAGUUUCUCCAAGCAACUCUACUCCCACUGUGGCUAAAGAUUUACGGGAAGCCCGGCAUGGUUGGUCUUCGCUUAGAAGGUCUGUCUUAAUCUUCCAAUGGGCAAAGCGGUUACCAAGUCGACAAACUUCUGUGCAUCCAGACUGUAAGUGGAAGAAGUUAGAUGGAGAUGUAAGAGUCCACCUUGAAGGAGGAAAUGAAGAAAUUGUUCAGGUUCAAGGUGAUUCACCACCAUCCUGUUUUCUUCUCAUUGAUGCUGAAGGUAGGUUGCUUGAAGAAUUGGAGUUUCUUCAAGAGAAGUAUUCGUCUAUUUGUAGAUUAUUCAACCACGAGGAUCUUGUGCAGGCGACAUCUAACUUCUCUCAAGAGAAUUUGAUUGGGAAGGGUGGUAGUAGCAGUGUCUACAAAGGCUAUUUUUCAGAUGGCAAAGAAUUAGCUGUAAAGAUCUUGAAACCAUCUAAAGAUGCAUUAAAGGAGUUUGUUUCAGAGAUUGAGAUCAACACCACUUUGAAUCACCAGAACAUUAUCUCAUUGCUUGGGUUUUGCUUUGAGAAUAAUGGCCUGAUGUUGGUCUACGACUACGUAUCACAUGGUAGCUUGGAGGAUCUCCUUCAUGGUGAGAAUGCAGGCAAACAUGCCCUCAGUUGGACUGAAAGAUACAAAGUGGCAGUAGGUGUUGCAGAGGCACUUGAUUAUUUACAUGGUGGUGGUGGUACUGAACCUGUGAUUCAUAGGGAUGUGAAAUCUUCGAACAUCCUUGUCUCUGAGGAUUUUGAGCCACAGUUAUCGGACUUUGGAUUGGCAAAAUGGGCAUCAUCUUCAACAUCACAACCAAUUUGUGAUGAUGUUGCAGGAACUUUCGGGUACUUAGCUCCUGAAUACAUUUUGUUUGGGAAAGUCAAUGAAAAAAUUGAUGUCUAUGCAUAUGGAGUUGUGCUUCUUGAGCUCCUUACAGGAAGGAAGCCCAUCAGUGCUGGUUGUCCUAAUGACCAAGAGAGCCUUGUCUUAUGGGCAAAUCCAAUCUUACAAGACGGAGAUGUUAAGAAGCUAAUAGAUCCAUGCUUAAAAAAUGAAUUCGAUAGUGCUCAAGUGGAAAGGAUGAUCUUAGCUGCUUCCCUUUGUGUAAGGCGGCAACAUCGGGCACGACCUCAAAUAGCCCUAGUCCUGAAACUACUCCGUGGAGAUGAUGAUGCUGUUAAAUGUGCAAGGUCAGAAGUCAGCUCUCAUUCUGACACAGCUGACGAUGAACUUUUUAACCUAGAAUCGGACAUCCGCUCGCAUCUUGCUCUCGCACUGCUUGAUGUUGAGGAUGACACAAACUCAGUUAGCAGUACCAUGAGCACUUCUGUGGAAGACUACUUACAAUGGAGAUGGAGCUGUUCGUCAAGCUUCAACUAACUAUAUCCAAAGUGUGCUGGUGGUGGCACCUUGUCGAUAGUGUUCAUAUUUCCUAAUUCCUCGGUUUUCAUUUGUUUCCUCGAUAUACAGCAAAGUAGGAGCAACUGUUGUCGAGUAUCCUCUUUUCUUCACACCAUGACAUGCCAAGUGUUCAGAGAGUUUCUUUUCUUCAAGGUACCACUUAGAUCUUCUCUGUUGUUCUCAAACAAAGAUCAAGGAACUAUUUACAGAAUUGAUUGUUAUUCCUUACUAUUUGCUACUUCAGAAAAGCUCUGCAGAUCAUUUUUCUA